AUGAUGAUUAGUGCGUUUGUUUGGUCAAGUCUAAUUGUUGGUCUAAUUUCUGGCUUGUUGGCCCUUGAACAUCCUCAGUUCAAGGAAUUUUCUAACCGCACAAUUAUUCAACAUAAUGAUUUACUUGAAAGAAACCGGUCAACAAGUAGAUUUGAUAAACCACCUAAAUUAUACGGAGUUGCAUUGGGUGGCUGGCUUGUUCUUGAACCAUAUAUCACCCCCAGUCUUUUCAAUGAUACCGUGGAAGAAACUGUGGACGAGUACACUCUAUGUCAUAAACUAGGCAAGCAAAAAGCUACUGAAGUGCUAAAAAAGCAUUGGUCGACUUUUAUUACGGAAAGUGACAUUAUCAAGAUUAAGAACGUUGGUUUGAACAGUGUAAGAAUUCCCAUUGGCUACUGGGCGUAUGAUCUUCUUGAAGAUGAUCCUUAUAUUCAGGGUCAAGAUGAAUUUUUAUCCCAAUGUAUAGACUGGUGUGCCAAACAUGGUCUGAGUGUUUGGAUAGAUUUGCAUGGUGCUCCUAGUUCACAAAACGGAUUUGACAAUUCUGGGCGUAGAGGAAGAGCUGGAUGGCAGGAUGAGCAGAGGUAUAUUGACAAGACAUUAUAUGUGCUAGAAACAAUUGCCAAACGGCAUGGAAAUAAAUCCAAUGUUAUUGGAAUCGAAAUUCUAAACGAGCCUUUUGGCCCAGUUUUGAACAUUGAAAAGUUAAAACAGUUCUAUCAAAAGGGGAUAACGGUGAUUAGGAAUACAGGCUACUCCAAAGAUAUAGUGAUAUCUGAUGCAUUCCAAGGAAUAUUUUAUUGGAACGAUUUUCAGCCCUCAGAUUCAAAUCUUAUUCUAGAUAGACACCAUUACGAAGUUUUCUCCGAUGGACAGCUAAGAUCCAGUUUCGAAGGUCAUCUGAGGGGUAUUGAGGCUUUUGGCAGGGCCAUUGCCAUAGAGAAGCCUACAGUAGUAGUUGGAGAAUGGUCUGCAGCUAUUACAGAUUGUGCUCCCUGGGUCAAUGGUGCCGGAAGACCUUCAAGAUAUCAUGGAAUGGUUCUUGAAGAUGGAACGGUUGGAGAUUGUUCUGGUGCUACCAACAUUGAACAGUGGGCAGGGAAAAGACGUGAAGAAUUUUUAAAGAUAAUCGAGACUUCAUUAAAGGCCUACAAUGCAGCUGACGGGUGGUUUUUCUGGUGUUGGAAAACCGAAUCCGCUUUGGAAUGGGAUAUGGAGAAGCUCUUACAUUAUACUCUUUUUCCCUCGGGUUGGGUUUAA